AUGUCUGCCAGAAUAAAAUUUCCUUGGACAUUAAUAAAAAAUCUGCAGUUAUCAAGGCAAAAUUUCACACAGAAUCAGUGCGAAAGUAAAAAAAGGUGGAGAUUUAAUGUGAGAAAAUUCGCAUUCGAAUGGUCAGGAUACAACAAAUACGGGCUUUACACACAUGACGUCAUAGAUUACACCGAUCCUGUAGUAUAUAAAGCACUGCGUCGAUUACCAAUGGAUAUACUGGACGCUAGGAAUUUCAGGAUCAUACGUGCUCUGCAACUGAGUUUUCUGAAGAUAUAUCUGCCUAAAGAAAAGUGGGUCACGUAUGAGCAGGAUUUGGAGUAUCGAUACCUCAGUACGUACAUGGAAGAGAUCAAGGCUGAACAAGCUGAGAUAAAUGAGUUUGAUUGCCACAAUUACGACGAUUCGCUGGCUAGCAAAGUAAAAUAA